AUGAUUGGCAGCUUUUCAAGACGUACCGCUAGUGCUACAGCCGUGCUAAGAUCCGCACGUAUAGGAUUGCGUCCUUUGGGACGCCUUUAUUCCUCGGAAAGCGGAUCUAAAUCAGAUCCCAAACCAAGCGGCAACCGAGGAAAGAUACUUGCCCUGCUAGGUGCUCUGGCCGUGGGAUCUACCAUCGCAUCGAUCUCUUACCAAAAAAAUGGACCCAUGGAAUUUGUAGAGAAGAUCAAGACCGAUGAGAAACUUGGCAAUGAUGAUAACGAGCAGAAGAUUUCGCCUGCGUUCUCGGAAAAAGAAGUGUCCGUUAUCUUCGUAUUGGGUGGACCAGGUGCUGGAAAGGGAACUCAGUGUGCUAAUUUGGUUCGCGACCACCAUUUUGUGCACCUUUCCGCCGGCGAUCUGCUGCGUGCAGAGCAGAGUCGCGAGGGCUCCAAAUACGGUGAAAUGAUUGACCACUACAUUAGGGAAGGUCUUAUCGUUCCCCAGGAAGUUACAAUUGCGCUUUUAAAACAGGCUAUUCAGGAGAACUACGACCAAGGCAAGAAGAAGUUUCUUGUAGACGGAUUCCCCAGAAAAAUGGAUCAAGCGCUGACUUUCGAGGAGCAGAUUGUGCCCAGCAAAUUCACCCUAUUUUUUGAUUGUCCCGAGAAUGUUAUGCUCAAGAGGUUGCUGGAGCGUGGUAAGACUAGCGGUAGAGCCGACGACAACACUGAGUCCAUCAAAAAGAGAUUCGCCACAUUUCUCGAUACCAGCAUGCCUGUAGUGAACCAUUUUGAGAAACAAGACAAGGUGGUAAAAGUCAGUUGCGACCACAGUGUUGAUCAAGUCUACGAGCAAGUCAAAGCAGCGGUGCGUGACAAGAUCGGAAACUAG